GCCUAGUUGUACUCCUAACAAGCCUAGUAUUUGGGAAUAGAUGGAAUUGAAGGGUACACGGGCUACUGUCUUGGGACCCCAUUUAUGAGGUGGUGGGGGAGCAGUAGUCACACACACCCUUGCGAUCAUCUCUAAUGGCGGGAACCCCCUGUGUGGUAACAGCCUCAUCGGUGAUACUGAGUGAUAGCCGUCCUAUGGGUGAUGUAACCCGCGGUAUAUUUAUAGUGUGAGGAUAAUGAAGGGUUACAGGGCGGGCGGCGCUGGGUGUGGCUCCAUAUAACGCGGCUCCGCACCUGUCCUUCUAUUGUAGUGCUUGGUGACGGGAGGUUUGAGGAGAAAGCAGCCGGAUUUGACAUUAUACAUAACUUGCUGACUACUGGAGGAAAAAGAGGUCUCUACUAUGGUGCUUUUAACCACAAUGACAUCUGUUGCCGCACAGUCCCCACCAGAUGUGAAGGCAACUACAAGUCCUUCAUCUGACAUGGACAGUUUUGAUAAAGCCAUUAUUGCAGGUGUAAUAUCUGCAGUUUUCUUAACAUUGCUGAUUGUGCUGGGGCUGAUUGCAGUCUACAUGUACAAACAUAAGGGCACCUACCGUACUCAUGAGACAAAUGAGGAAGCCGAGGCACAGAAGUCCUUACAAAUGAACAGUGACCCUGGUGAAGAAGACAAGGAAUAUUUUAUGUGAGCUGUGCCCAAAAGUAAUAGACUGAAUUUCCUCUCUGGUGUAUGAUCUGACUCGUAACAACAAAAUGUAGUGCAGCAGAUAACACACUGGAUGCCUUACUUGUGGACAUGUAGCUGUGCAACACCAAUCUGUUUUCCUAAAAAUAAAGGGGGUGUGUAUACUUUCUCCCCUCCCCUCCAGUUAGUGUUAAAUUUCCAUACUGCACGUAUCCCCCACACCACCUUGGUCUUAUUUUCACUGUUUGUACCAUAUGGUUACAGAUGUAAAUACAAAACUUUUUUUUUUUUUUUUUUUUUUUUUUUUUGUGAUGUUUUCUUGUAAAUAUAUCGAACUUUAGUUAUACAAGAGUUUCUAUUAAAAUCUGUUUCUAAACAGAGCCAUGUUCCUUUUUAAUGUUUUUCCUUUCAGUUUUAUCAAAAUGACUUUUUGCUUGUAAUGCACUAAUUGUUCUUUCAUAUGAGCAUAUUUUUACAAUUGUUAAACGGACAGCCAGUUCACCAGCAUUAAACAGUUAU